AUGAAGCUGCUCCUGCUCCUCGGCUUGGUGGCCAUGGCCCAGUGCCUUGCCCUCAGGGUCCCUCUGUGGAGGGGGAAGUCCCUGCGGCAGUCGCUGCAGGAGCACGGCUUGCUGCAGAACUACCUGAAGCAGCACCCCUACAACCCGGCCACCAAGUACUUCGCCACCAGCGCCUCCGCCGAGCCCCUGCAGAACUACAUGGACAAUGAGUACUUUGGCACCAUCUCCAUCGGUUCCCCAGCCCAGGAGUUCACUGUUAUCUUUGACACCGGCUCCUCCAACCUGUGGGUGCCCUCCGUGUACUGCUCCAGCCCAGCCUGCACGAACCACAACCGCUUCAACCCAGCCGACUCCUCCACCUUCAUCGGCACCAACGAUACCGUUGAAAUUGCCUAUGGCACUGGCAGCAUGACUGGCAUCUUGGGCUACGACACCGUCACCGUAAGGCACCAGCCACCCCCAACCCCAGAGUGGGGACACUAGGACACUGCCUGCCUAAACCAAACCCUUCUCCCUCUCCCUGACCAGGUUGCAGAUAUCGAAGUUCUCAACCAGAUUUUCGGGCUGGCUGAGACCGAGCCUGGCGAUUUCUUCUACUACAUGCCCUUUGAUGGCAUCCUGGGGCUGGCUUUCCCGAGCAUCGCCUCCUCUGGAGCCACCCCUGUCUUUGACAACAUGAUGAAGGAAGGCCUUGUUGCCCAGGAUCUCUUCUCCGUCUACCUGAGCAGGAAUGGGCAGAGCGGCAGCUUUGUCCUCUUUGGUGCCAUCGAUUUCUCCUACACCACCAACGGCAUCUCCUGGAUCCCCCUCUCUGCUGAAACUUACUGGCAGAUCACCAUGGACAGCGUCUCCAUUGGCGGGCAGAUUGUCGCUUGCUCUGCUGGCUGCCAGGCCAUCGUGGACACAGGCACCUCGCUGCUGGCUGUGCCCAACUCAGCCCUUAACAACCUCCUGAGUGCCCUCGGUGCCAGCUCCAACGGCCAGAUCAACUGUGACGCUGUCAGCAGUCUGCCUGAUGUUGUCUUCUACCUCAACGGCCAAGGCUUCCCUGUGCCACCCAGUGCCUACGUGAUACAGAGCGAUGGGUACUGCAUCCUCGCCUUCCAAGGCAUGAACAUUCCCACUGAGUCGGGCGAGCUCUGGAUCCUGGGGGAUGUCUUCAUCCGCGAGUACUACGUCAUCUUCAACAGGGCCAACAACAUGGUGGGGCUGUCCCCACUGCCCUGA